UGUCCAAUCACCUUUUAUUCUCACACAACAGUUGUAAAUCAGAUUUUCUAAAUAUGGCGACCGCUGAACCGGAAUCUACACCUAAACAAUCUAAUUCUGACGAAGAAGAAAAAUGUGAAACAACCGGUAAAGAAAUUGCAAGUCCUGAAGACUACAUCAAACAUCCUCUUCAAAACAAGUGGGCGCUCUGGUUUUUUAAGAACGAUAAAAGUAAAACCUGGCAAGCAAAUUUGAGGCUGAUCUCAAAAUUUGACACAGUGGAAGACUUCUGGGCGCUUUAUAAUCACAUCCAAUUGUCGAGCAACUUGAUUUCUGGGUGUGACUACUCGCUUUUUAAGGAUGGCAUUGAGCCCAUGUGGGAAGAUGAGAGGAACAAGCGUGGCGGCCGCUGGCUCAUCACGCUCUCAAAGCAGCAGCGCAGGGCGGACCUCGACCGCUUCUGGCUUGAGACGCUCCUGUGUCUUGUAGGUGAAGCAUUCGACGACCAUAGCGACGAUGUGUGUGGUGCUGUUGUUAACAUCCGAACUAAAGGAGACAAGAUAGCGAUAUGGACGACAGACUACGACAACAAGGAUGGCAUCACACACAUAGGACGCGUUUACAAGGAAAGGUUGGGUGUGCCAUCCAAGGUAGUGAUAGGUUACCAGUCACAUGCAGACACCGCCACCAAGAGUGGCUCUUCAACCAAGAACAAGUUUGUAGUCUGAGGAAUCUCGCACUGCAUCCUGGGAGUCCAUUUUGAUUAUUUUGUCAUCUUCAGAUUUGUCUGUUCUGUUAACCUUCCUGUGUUGUUUAUGAAGGUGCUGUUAACUGUUUACCUGUAACCCUUUACUUUAAUACGUUAUACUUUAGCCAUUAAAAAAUGAGCCUAAGCUAGUCUCUGAGACUAGCCUAGCGACUAGCCUAGCCUCGGCGACUAGCCUAUAGCCGCUAGGCUAGUCUCAGAGGCUAGGCUAGUGAAUGCCUUAACAGGAGCUCUGCUGCUGUGGAUGAUGGUUGUACAAAACAUGGCUGUAAAUAAAAUGUACAGUGAGUUGUCUUUAUUCAUAAAGA